AGCGAUUUUUCCUUGGUUUUUUCGCUGCAGCUGGCGGGUGCGCACUUUCCACAUUGGUCACACGACGAGAACGGCAAAACGCUGAAAAAAGAUUUAAUUUUCCACACAGUGACCAAUUGUAAGGUGACCUAUCUCCGGUGAAUUCUUUACACUCAUUACAAUCGUAGAAAAAUGUCCUUUAUCGCUCGCAACGUCGCACGAAGCCUUGUGCAGCUUUCAUCCCGUAGCAUUCAUUCAUCUGUCGCUGCACAAACACCUGCUUGGUCCAAGACAGAUGGCCGAAUUACCUGCACCAUGAUACCCGGCGAUGGCGUUGGGCCGGAACUAAUGUACGCUGUUCAGGAGGUAUUCAAAGCCGCUGAUGUUCCGGUAGACUUUGAGACGUUUUUCCUAUCGGAAGUGAAUCCGGUGCUAAGCUCACCGCUGGAGGAUGUCGUGCGAUCUAUUAAUAAAAACAGGGUCUGUCUGAAAGGCAUUUUGGCCACACCUGAUUACAGUCACACUGGAGAGCUGGAAACGUUGAACAUGAAACUGCGAAACGAAUUGGAUCUCUACGCUAACGUAGUGCAUGUGGUCAGCUUGGAUGGAGUCGUUACACGGCAUAAGGGCAUUGACACUGUUGUUAUUCGCGAACAAACCGAAGGCGAGUAUUCUGCCCUUGAGCAUGAAUCUGUACCUGGGGUGAUCGAAUGUCUGAAGGUUAUCACAGCUCAGAAAUCGGCCCGCAUCGCCAAGUUCGCGUUUGAUUAUGCCACGAAACACAACCGCAAGAAGGUCACCUGCGUACAUAAGGCUAACAUUAUGAAGCUUGGCGAUGGUCUGUUCCUGAAAAAGUGCGAAGAGAUUGCUAAGCUGUACCCAAGAAUUCAGUUCGAGAAAAUGAUUGUGGAUAACACCACGAUGCAGAUGGUGAGCAACCCGAAUCAGUUCGAUGUAAUGGUAGCACCGAAUCUCUACGGUAACAUCAUUGAUAACCUGGCAUCUGGACUUGUAGGCGGUGCCGGAGUUGUGGCAGGUGCUUCCUACUCUGCCGAGCAUGCUGUUUUUGAGCCGGGCGCACGACACACAUUCGCCAUGGGUGUCGGCCGCAACAUUGCCAACCCCACUGCCAUCCUGCUGUGCUCCUCCAAAAUGUUGCGCCAUGUCAACCUGAUGCACUACAGUCAGAUGAUCUUCCAAGCGGUGCAGAAUGUACUCAAAUCAGGCAAGGUUCGCACCAAAGACCUGGGUGGCCAGUCGACCACCAACGAGUUUACCAACGCAGUCAUCCACAAUUUGCGAUAAAUGGGUGCAUCCGUAAAGUUUCGAAGUCCGUCGUACUUGACUUGACGCUGCUCCACUAGCGCAUGAAGAAACGUAAUAACCCAAAACUGUAUUAAAUGCCACCUAUGUAGCAUACCACUACUAAGUCGAUUAUUACUCAUCAACCUCGGUAACGUCUCAUCGUUCCGUACCCGCCCGCGUUAUUUAAUUGGACAUAUUUAUUGUUACGAAAAAAACCCGAUAUUGAUAAAAAGUUUAUUUAAUUUCUAGCAAAUUUGCAAUAAAAAGUUUGAAUAAUCGUG